AUGUCGUCAACUCCAGAGGUACAACACUCCGCCGAAAGCAUAAUUGCCGAAAGUAUAGAACCAUCUCCAUUAGCAACGCCUGUCUUUUCUUCGAGUGCCCAUCUAAACCCGGAAGACGCGAAGCCAGAACAUCCACAUGAGGAUAUCCAGCCGGGUCCACAAACAAUUCUAGAAGAUGAGUCUAGUAAAACCGGGGAUCCGGAGAAAUCAGGCGCGACUACCCAGUCUGCGCCAGCUCAAGCCCCAGGCGCACCCCCAGAUGGUGGUUUCAAGGCAUGGAUGGUAGUGCUCGGUGCUUUCUGUGGGUUGUUCGUCAGUUUCGGGUGGAUAAAUUGUGAGUAUAUUGUGGGCUUUGUACCCUUAGAUGUUGUUUGGGCCUUGAGCUCGAUUUGGAUUAUGCUGACGGCAGGGUUUGCAGGUAUCGGUGUCUUCUUGGACUACUAUAAAACCCAUCAGCUACAGGACUUGCCAACCAGUACAGUAACGUGGAUCACUUCGUUAGAAAUCUUCAUGAUGUUUUUUGGGGGUCCCAUCGUAGGAGUGUUCUUCGACAACUUCGGUCCCCGCUGGAUUCUGAUUGCUGGCACAUUCUUCCACGUCUUCGGGCUGAUGAUGGUAUCCAUCUCAAAAGAAUACUACCAAUUCAUUCUCGCACAAGGUGUCUGCAGCCCCAUCGGGACAAGUGCCAUCUUCCACGGCUGCCUCACCUCCGUGAGUACCUGGUUUGGGCGGCGUCGUGCCCUGGCCCUAGGUGUGACAACCUGCGGCUCCAGCGUCGGAGGUGUAAUAUUCCCUAUCAUGGUGGCUCGACUCAUCCCCAUAGUAGGAUUUGGCUGGACAAUGCGGAUCUGUGGAUUCCUCGGUCUAGGGCUGCUGAUUAUUGCCAACGUCACGGUCCAAUCGAGACUACAACACCACCGGAAACCAUUUCGACCACUGGAUUUUGUUCGUCCCCUCCGCGAGCUGCCUUUCCUGCUUACCACAGCCGGGACCUUUUUUGUAUACUGGGGCUUGUUCCUGCCGUUCGCGUUCAUCCCAACUCAAGCCGAACGGUACGGCAUGUCGGCCUAUCUGGCAUCGUACUUGAUCCCGAUUCUGAACGCAGCCAGUAUCCUCGGCCGUCUUGUCCCGCCCUAUCUGGCGGAUCUUUUCGGCAGGUUCAACCUAAUGAUCCUAACAUCCCUGUUCUCAGUCAUUAUCGUUCUCGCGCUUUGGCUUCCGUCGCGAAGCAACGCCCCUGCCAUCGUGUUUACUUCUCUGUACGGUUUCAGCUCAGGUGCUGCCGUCUCCCUGGCGCCAGCGCUGGUCGCUCAGAUCUCGGACAUGCGCGAGAUUGGCGUUCGUAGUGGGACUUAUUUCUGUAUUGUAUCUUUUGCGGCUUUGACGGGCAUGCCAAUCGCGGGUGCUCUAUUGCCUGAUCCCUUACAUGGGUCGUACUUGAAGUUGGAGAUUUUCUGUGGUGUGGUAAUGUUCGGUGGAGUUUUGUUUUAUCUCUGGGCUAGGGGAAGAAUUAGCGGUUGGGGACUUUUGCAUAAAGUCUAA